UUUCUCUACAGUGCAGUGUGAUUGAGAGCAUUACCAACCUACUGGUAAACUGGCUGACCUUGUACUCUGUGUAUGUGAUGGAGAUGGACAGAGAGAUUCCCAGUGGUUCAGAGAGUCCUCAAAACGCCUUCCUUUCUGGAUUAGUGAAUUCUGUUGUUGAACCUUGUGGAAUUUAGUGCAAGAAUGUUUACGGUAGCACUACAGAUAGAAGCUACAACAGUCUGCUGUUGCACUUCAUUCUCAACUUCUAUGAGACGGUUUCAGAUAUGUAUUUGAAGUAUGGUCUACCCAUGGUAAUUAUGCCACCUGAUGGUAUCUUCUAUCCGGCGCUGUUGAGUUUGGAAUCAGUGAGCCUGAAUCAGAUAUGCUACAUUAUGUAUAAGUAUCGUACAAAUCUUAUAGCUUUGAAGUCUUUGGAUCCAGGCAAAAAUGUGCACAUGGGAUUAAAGGUGAACAGGAAAACAUUUCAGCAAUACAAUGCAUUUGUGAAAGCUGCAGUCAGCUGUUUGUGGACAUCUGGAAACUUCGUACAAGAUAUUUGCUUGAUGAGUAUUGGGAUUGAAGAUGAUCUGUUGGCACAAACAAAGAUUACAGAUUCAAAGGACAGCUUUACUAUUGUUAAUCAUCCAGCACUCAUGGGGCAUGCCAUAAAUUUUAUCCAGAAGGGUUGGCCCAAUGGAAAGAAACGAUUCCAUGCAAUACAGGGAAAGGUGUGGAACUGGUAUGUGAAAUAUCUCUACAACCAAGGACUUAAUGGACUUAAAUACUUCCUUGAAGGCAGCACCCAUAUAUCAUCCAGCUCAAGACAUUAAGCUACAGGCAAUGCACUGCAAAGAUCUGCAAAUUGAGAGAUAUCACAGCACUUCGUUAUAAUUUGCUGUACAUACUGGCGAUCCAUCUGCUUCACAACUAAUAAUUAUACAUGAAAUGAGUUAGGCAUCAGAAUAAAUGGAAGUGUGAUAUUGAAUGAAGGAUGUGUGGUAAAGCUUUGAGAAAGGAAACUAGUCCUCAUGGUAAUCCAAAUACAACAGCCUUGCAAGUCAGUUAUUAAGAAACUUGAUGUCUGCAGAGCAUAUUACAGGAGCUAAAAUGCACAAUGUUGCAUUGAAUGGUAAACUGUGAUGAUUCAUCAUUAUUGAGAAGGUUGGUACCAACAAAGCUAACAUCCUAUGAUAUCUAUAGUGUGAAACAUUGUGUUAUUUUGAAAAAUCUGCAAGUAUGUAAAUGAGAAAUAGUAGAGGCUGGUAGAAAGUGUCAAGUGGUUGAGAAUGAUACUGGACAAGAUGAUCAAUCUGAUAGGAUCUUAACUCUUCAGACAUUGUGGUGACAAAUAAUUGAGCCACAGACUUAACAGUAAAAAGACAGUUCUGUAAUAGUAUUCUGCUGCAUUAUCCUCUUUCCCUGAGAUGCAUAAAACAUUGAAGAGCUUACUGAAGUGAAAUGCUACUGUAACAAAUAAUAUUGGAUACAAGUGAAAAGAGCACACAAUUUUACAGCAUCCCUCAGGAGAAUCUAAGAGAGUCUGCUGAGCAUAUUGUUAAAUGUUUGUGGGGGAAGGGCGAUGAAUAAAAUGUUUUUAUGACUCUUCCUCAAUUGUGGUUACAGUGUUUACACUUUUUAUUGAUGAUAAAGUGUCUUCAAAAUAACAAGUUUUAUACUUACACAGGGAAUAUCAUUUAUAGAAAGCACUUUUCUUCCAAAAAUGUUAUAAAUUCAAUGGAAAUUUGUUUCUAACAAUUAAAGAAGUCUGAAACAGAUCGUGAGAACCACUUCAAAUGUUGAUGCCUGUAGUUGUCUUAAAUUGCAAAGGAGUUCUUUUUAGUAAGUCUUAUGAAUGUAGCAUUUUAUUCC